AUUAGCACACAAAAACAAAUCAACAGAGAAAUAGACAGACAGCUGCAAAAACAUCAUCCGUUGUUAUUAUACUUCACUGAACACUAAUGGUCGAUUAAAUAAAGACUUUCCUCCCUACAACACCGAAGACAGAUCGACGAGUUUGGAAUAGCAUAGCCUCUUUGAAUUAAGAAAGCCAUUCAUAUUUGCAAUGGAAGGCCUUCAUCUCCAUUGCCUGAACUGUGUGAACCAACGAUGUAUGAUAAGACCAGAGGCUAGCAUUUCCUGUGACCUCAUGGGUUGCCCUCUUGUGUGUGGGGCUGUUUUUCACUCAUGUAAACUGAAUGAACACCGUUUACUGUGCCUUUAUGAAAGAGUGCCAUGUCUGAACUGUGGAUUUGGAUGUCCAUUUACCAUUGCCAGGGUCAAAAUGGCACAGCACCUUGAAACAUGCCCAGCCAGCAUUGUGUGUUGCACUAUGGAAUGGAAUCGAUGGCCGGUAAGUUAUGCAGAUAGCAAGUCCUACGAGAACUUGAGUAAAGAUGUUUAUGAUGUGGAGCAGCUUGACAUGGCUUUGGCCCUACAGGAUCAACGAAUGUUACUGGAAUCUCUUAAAGUUGCAACCACUGUGUCAAAAAUUGUCAAAGAGCAAAAUCAGGAAAAUGAAAGGAUGAACUCCAUCCCACAGGAGUCGGAUACGGAUAAUGAAUUGAUCAGAAUGGAUGAGGAACUGUACAGUCAGCCGUACAUUGCUUCUGUUGAAAACAGUAGAGCUUUAGCAGAAACUUUGGACAUUCUCAGUAGUGCAAAUAAUAUUAACUUGAUUGUAGAUGAUGGCAAUGGUGAGGAAGAGAAUGGAAUUUGCAACAAAUUCAGUAAUGGAGAUGGGGACCCUACGAAUGAUGGCUUGAAGGAAAGUGACACAGAUUCAGACUCUGAGUUGGGAGCUGUUGGUGGAGCUGACUGUCCUUUUCCUUUACCUGAAGAAGAAGAUGAUUGGUUAGAAAACAGUGGAUAUGGUGAGUCUUCUGAAGAAGAAGAGGAAGUGAACGGUGGGAUAGAACUCAAAGGAUAUCAUGAUGAAGGGGAUGAUGACAACCAGGUCAAACUUAAAAGGGUUCUUCUGGAACGAGCUGCAAGGAUCAAUGGUUCCUCCAAUGUUAGGCAAGUGUCGCCUCCUCUUUCCAUGCCUAUUGUAGCACCGGAGCCAGAAAUGGCCCCUUUGCCCCAACUACCUCUCCCUUUGCCCAUCCCUUUGCCUAACCAGAUGCACAACAAUGUUCUGCACCAUAUGCCUUUUAGAAUUGAAGACCAAUGGUUGCAGCGCAAAUUGGAGAACCUCCAGGUACUCAGGGGCAUGAGUUUGUUUACAAUCAAUGGGCGAAUGACUCUGUUUUCUGACCCCUAUUUAUUCAAAGCCAAGAUGGAGGAUAAGGCAGUGGACACAUCGGACCUUGUCGUGGCAGAUGAUCCAAUGGGCCUGCAUGGCAUUGACCUCAUUACCGCUGCCUUGCUCUUCUGUUUGGGUGACUCGCCUGGGGGCAGGGGCAUCUCGGACAGCCGUUUUGUUGAUGGGUAUCGCAUCAACUUUGGUACACAGACCUUCUCCCUCCCUUCUGCCAUACUGGCUACCAGCACCAUGGUAGGCGACAUUGCCUCAGCGUCUGCCUGUGAUCAUGCAAGUCCGCAACUAUCCAACCCAAGCCCAUUCCACACCCUGAGGUUAGACCUGGUUCUAGAGUGCGUGGCUCGCUAUCAAACCAAGCAACGCUCCAUGUUUACUUUUGUGUGUGGGCAGCUGUUUCGUAGGGAUGAGUUCUCCUCCCAUUUUAAGAACGUUCAUGGGGACAUCCAUGCAGGUCUGAAUGGAUGGAUGGAGCAAAGAUGCCCAUUGGCUUACUAUGGAUGCACAUACUCACAAAGGAGGCUAUGCCCCUCGGUGCAAGGUUUCAAAAUCAUCCAUGACAGACAUUUGGGCUCAUUUGGAGUGCAGCCUGGUCUAGAAGAGUGUUCAGAUGACCUACUCUCCAGAAACACCUGUCUGUUUGACUCCCACUGUGACCAACUUAGUGGCAUGCCAUUUGAGUUACUCCAGCAUAUUGCAAGCUUCCUUGAUGGUUUUAGCCUGUGCCAAUUGUCCAGAGUGUCUCGCACCAUGAGGGAUGUGUGUGCCAGUUUACUGCUGUCCCGUGGCAUGGUGGUCCUCCUGUGGGUGAAGACACAGCGUGCUGAUGGAACCUCAUCCUGGCAGAUACAAGACAAGGUGUGGCGAUUCAGUACAGCUUUUGGCACUGUAAAUGAGUGGAAGUUUGCGAACAUUUCCAGCAUGGCGGAUCACAUGAAGACAUGCAAGUUCAACACAGUAUCACGCAGGGAAGACGCUAUCCCUCUUCCAUGCAUGAAUUUCACGAGAGAACUUACUAAGGAGGGACGCUCACUGCGAUCAGUGCUGAAACCAGUGAUAUAGGCUGGAAUGAAAUGUGAACAGAAACUGCCCUAAUGUUUUCCAAAUUGACAGAAGAGGAUUACACUUCAUUUUAUAAUAUAACAUGCCUUAUUUGUUUAAAUAAACUGUUAUAAUGUAGACUUUUUUUAUAGCAAAGUAAAAUAAACCUGAAGCCUCAGCUUAUAUCUCUUCCAAAAUAGUUUUUUCUAAUAAACAUUGUCUACCUUUUUGAUGUACAGAUGAUGGUUAUACUGUCUGCAUAUUUUGAUACAAUAUAUUUGGAUAUUUUUUUUUUCAUUUGAUUGCUUUAGAUUAGAUAUAUAGCCUCUAGGAACUAGAAACAAUGGCUGAAUGGUGAUGACCAAAAACGAAAUAAUCGUCUACAUUUUGUAAUGCAGAAGUUAUCAAAUAAUCAGUGGAUCUUAACUGGUUUUUCUUCCGGACCCAGAGAUAAUCAUGUGGCAACACAACACAGUACCAUACAUAACACAUAUUUAAUAUUGUCUGGUAAUGUUUUUUUUUUUUUUUGGCAUAAUUUUAAUGUUUUUUUAGGAUGGUGUCAUGUCAAGCAACCUGUCCAUGUUAGCAUGUAAUGUGACUAGCUUCUACCAGGCUGAAUUUGCACCACAAUACCAUUGAGUUUGAUUGGACGUUCAACAACAAAAGGAAUUGGAAUAUUUUGGAUAUUGGAUAUUUUCUCCUCUCUCUCAAAAGUUGAUAAGCCUAUUUAUUUGGCAAACUUUAACUGUCUCUUAUGGCAUUAUUUGUUGCAUUGUAUUAUUUGCAUUUCGUUUUUUUGCUGAUGUCUGUGGCAUUAUCAGAACAUAUCUGCAACCCAUUUUGAGGUCACGACCCAGUUAAGAAACAAUGAUUUCUGUCUCCUACAUUUAAAAAUCUACAAAUUUGUCUUUUUUUCAUUUUUACCACUCAGCUGAAAAUAACAUAUAUCAGCAAAUUGUUUUGAGAAGCUUUUAUGCCUUUCAGAUUUACCAAUAUACAACUUAGUACUUGAUACCCUCACAAACAGCACUUCUACUAGUCAUCUUCUGUCUUUUGAAAAGUAAACAAACAUUGAUUAUGUCGGCCAACUUGUUGAAUUCCCUGUCAAAAAGUCCUCAUUUUCAAUGUACUGUAUUGUUGACAAUUGUAUGUCCUGACUGACAAACUUCUGAUUUUGAGUCACUGUUCCAAAACCUGCAGGACGGGCACAAGAUUGCAGUUGUAGCCUGUUAGGAUUUCUGUAGUUGUACACAGUGCAUCUGCAAAUAUACUUCACUGUAUGUCAGGGGUUUAAUGUGAAACAAAUGCCAUUAUUGAAGGCUUUGUUUGUGAGAAAGAAACUUGAAAUGAACUUGUACUUGAUUUUUUUGUGAUGCUCUUCCAACAUUACUUAAAACAAGCCAGUGUUUACGGUUUCUAAAGAGUUUUACCUUAUCUUUUCAGGUGUACAGUUACAAUGUUUCAUUAUGAUUACAUUCUAAAAUAUUUUCAUUUGGAGAGGAAGUAAUCAUCCAUAACUUGUACAUUAGAUUGAGAUGAUGCUGUAAAAGAAUUAUCUGAAUUACAUGCUUUACAUUCUACAGAGAGUUUUUAACAAAUGUUAAGUGUGACACUCCUGAUAUUUGGGUUUAGUUAUUCAAAUAGAACAAUAUUCUGAAACAUUAGAAUUUCGGAAUAUUCUCCUAGCAUCUUCAAACUUUGAAGAGUCAUAUAAUGUUGAUUUUUAAGACUCUACCAGUCGAUGUGCACCGAUAUCUUUGUUGAAGUGAUUUAUGUUUCUCUAAAGGAACAAAAUGCAUUUUUAAAGAAUUGUGAACAAUAUAAAUUUAUGUCAAUAUUACUAUAUUGUUUUCCUGACAUUGUAUAGGCCCUAUAUACAUGUAUGAGGGGACCUAGGUAUUUAAAUCAGAGUCUAGGAGGUUGAUACCAAAUUGCGUUGUUUUUGUUACUUGUUUGGAAAUGUUGGUUUAUUUACUAUAUUGUUUGCAUUGCACUUUUGUUUUGAAAAUAAGCAUACAUUUAAUUUAAUGUCACCUCCCUUCGCUCUGAAUAAGACUCAUGCUUUGGGCAUUUAUAGCCCCUUAUAGUUAUAAUGUUGUGACAUUUGUUGUUUCAUAUGACCUCAUGCAUGCUAGCGUUCAAAAAGCUCUUUUUGUGUUGUAAAUAAUCAAAAUGUUUGAUGUUUAUCUUGGUAAACCAACCUUUUUUUUUUUUUUGUCAUGUGUGUCACCAUUUGCAUUUUGUUAAUAUUGUUUUAAAAAAUUUGAAAGAAGUCCAAUCACUGGUGUGAUACUUGAUCAAUAACAAGAUGGGCAUCCUGCCAAGUUUCAUAUUUUUUAAAUGGUAUAAUUAUGCAAAGCUACAAGAAAAGAAAUUGCCUGUAUAUGAAAUCAAACGCUUAAAGGUUGUUCAACCACAGUUACACUAAUUGUUUUAUAUUUUUUACUGUUUGAUUAUUAAAUAUAAUUAGCAAUGAAUCAAAAUGUAUUUCUCACGUGUAUGAUGAUGUGGUUGUUGUUUUGCACUUUGUAUUUUAAAAUGAUAGUUUUUGCCACCAGGUGGUGGUGUUGCAAUGUUAAUAAAUAAAAACACUGAUAU